UUCCUUUGGUUCCUGAAACCCACUUAACAGCAAACUUGGAUCCCAGCCUUCCAGAAAGACGUGCCUUUCAGAAGUCCUGUUCCCAGCAGGCCUCCACAGGCUCCGGGGCAGUGGAAAGAAUGGUCAUCUUUUGAUUCAAAGACACACAGUAGAUAAUAAACCUUAACUUUUUAAGUUAACUUUGGAUUUAUGAAGAAUGACUUCACACUCUUGCAACUCCCAUUCUUUAUGAAGUAAUGAAACACAGCCCAUUCCGAAGCAGGCAAAGAACAGUCAAAACAGAAAUUCUGGUUCUGUAACUGGGGAACAGGAAUUUUAAACAGUUGAACAGGAACGAUCAAAAAAGGAUUACUGUAACAACUUGAGAGUUUUAACAUACCAUUUGACCUUUAGUUUCACAAAUAGAUUUCCCCGUCCUCAGUAAAUAAAACUACAGGCUGGCCCUGCUGACCUCGCAGUGACGCACAAAGGCUAUUAUUACCCGGCCUGAGCGGCUGGGCCACUCGUCAUCAGCAGCACUCAUUUUCAAACCCACAAUAAAACAGCUGUGGGUUCAUUUUUUUUCCUUUUGUUUUCUAACUGCUUUUAAUUUUGAAAACACAAUGUUUCCUUUGAACGUUCGGCAUCGGCAGACCUUUUUCUUUUAUAUUUUCUGUGUGUAGCAUCCAAGUUCCCAUGACUUAUAUGAGCUCCCGAGCAGUGUGGCCUUUUAAGACGACCUGUGUAGGCACAUCUCACACACACCCGAAACCUGUCUGACAGGUCGCCGCAACCAUCCCAGGCAUCUGAGUCUGUUUCGGUCCUUAGUUUUCUUCCCCGUGCCUCGGGAAUGUCGGCCACCACUCUCAGCACCGUCCCCACGUGCCCGUGAGCCAGAACGAGCUUUCCGGGUCCAAAGGAAGCAGCAGCAGGGGGCCCGUGGGUGCGUUCUGGGGGCCGCAGGAUGGGGAGCAACACCUCGUCCUCCGUGGGGAAGUCAGCAAGUGCCCCUGCGACCCAGAUCCAAGAAACCAUUUCUGAUAAUUGUGUGGUGAUUUUCUCAAAAACAUCCUGCUCUUACUGUACAAUGGCAAAAAAGCUUUUCCAUGACAUGAACAUUAGCUGUAAAGUGGUGGAAUUGGACAUGCUGGAAUAUGGAAGCCAGUUUCAAGACGCCCUUUACAAGAUGACUGGGGAAAGAACCGUUCCAAGAAUUUUUGUCAAUGGAACUUUUAUUGGAGGUGCAACUGACACUCAUAGGCUUCACAAAGAAGGGAAAUUGCUUCCGCUCGUUCAUCAGUGUUAUUUAAAAAAAAGCAAGAGGAAAGACUUUCAGUGAUGUAGGCACUUGUGACUUUGUUAGUAAAGUGUCAGUUAAAGUGAUAAUGCCUGAUAAUACCUGUUAAAUGUUUGAGGGUGUUUUAAAUACGUGAAUCAGCUUCACAAAGAAGCUGUACAAAGAAUGAACAAUAAAUUGCAGUGGAAACCUCA